AAACCACGAUUCAUACCAUACGAAUAAACGUUUGGAGGGCAGUACUUUUAACUAACUUCAGACAUGGAAACGCAGUAAAUUGAACCAUCUCUGAUCCUAACGUGCAAGAAUACCGAUUUUACACAUAAUUUGUAUUUGCCAACUCUUUACAUCAGCUGUAGAAAUAUUCUAAACCCAAAGAUUGACUAGAUAAAUUCGGAGUUUCUUAUUGACCAGUAAAAUUCGCAACUUCCACGUAUAUAGAUUGCCACAGUUUUAUUGGGACGUACUACUAAUGAAAUAUCUUGUUGGAUUUGCGAAUCCUUACUUAACAUUCUAGUCAAUCAAAACUUGAAUACUAAAAAUGGAAAUGCCGACUGAAGUUGAUGCGGAGCAAAUCAAGUCGUUUAGAGACUUCUUGACAUCAUACAAUAAGCUAUCGGAAAUCUGCUUCAUUGACUGUAUAACCGAUUUUACAACACGAGAAGUGAGAACCAAAGAGGAGAAAUGUGCGCUGAAUUGUAUGGAGAAAUAUAUGAAGAUGAAUCAGAGGGUCUCCCAACGCUUUCAAGAAUUUCAAAUGAUAGCCAAUGAAAAUGCAAUGGCAGCAGCUAAAAAAUUAGGUCAAUUACGCUAAUAAUACUACAUUUAUUUUUGGUCAUUUAGAAUUUUAUCAACAAGUGCUCCUCGUUCUAUGUUAUAUGCUAUUAGUUAUAUCAAAAACGUCUUACUAUAUGAAUAAACUAACGCAUGAAUUUUAUAGAAGUAGUAGUGUAUUUAUUGUUAUAUUAUGUUUUUAAACAUAACUUCCACCAUUGGCCCAUCUUUCAUGAACGAGUUUUCAAAAACCCUAAUAGAAGAUGAUAAUAAUUAACAUAUACAGUAUUCCAGACUGUACUGUAGGUAACAACUUAACACUAUAGUUAUAAAUUAUUAUGAUCAUUAUUUCAAGUGAUAUUCCAAAAAUAAAUGACCGGAGAUCUACUUACACCUCAAAAAAAACUGAUAUACAUCUUCGAGGAAUUCUUGGGCAUGUUUCAUCAAGAUCUGGUUUAGGCACAAAAAUGUACAGAAGUAUAGUUCAUGAGACAUGUAACUGUUGUUCUGGUAAACCUUAGUAUAUCAAAUGCUUGUAAAUAAUAUUUCUUUAUGUAACUGUUCUUUACAGGCACUCUUACAAAUGUUUUAAAGUAUAAUUCAAACACAAGACAGGAUUGUAAGUUUCUCUUUUUAUACAACUAAAUACCGGUGAAGCGAACGGAAUUUUCUGAUAGAAUGAGAAAAAUUAC